AACAAGCAAAUAUAAAACACUCAACUCUAAGCGAGGUUCAGCAGAGAAUGCCUUCAGGAGUUCAAGCUUGAUUUUUACCUAUGUGCCUCGGUCUCUACACAGAGGGCUGCAACCCAGAAGCUGUCCUGCAUUCUUGCUUCAAGCAGAAUGAAAUCUACACUCCUCUCUCUGGGUUACACGUUCCUGGUCCUGCGUUUUUUCCAGCAGGCCCGGGCUCAGUUCCCAAGAGAGUGCGCCACCACCGAGGCUCUGAGGAAUGGGGUGUGCUGCCCAGACCUGUCCCCACUGUCUGGGCCCGGGUCUGACCGCUGCGGUUUCUCAUCAGGGAGGGGCAGAUGUGAGGUGGUGACCGCCGACUCCCGGCCCCACAGCCCCCAGUACCCGCACGAUGGCAGAGAUGACCGAGAGGGCUGGCCCACACGCUUCUUCAACAGGACAUGCCAGUGCAACGGCAAUUUCUCAGGACACAACUGUGGAACCUGCCGCCCUGGCUGGGGAGGGGCUGCCUGUGACCAGAGUGUUCUCACAGUCAGGAGAAACCUACUGGACUUAAGUACAGAAGAAAAGAACCGCUUUGUCCGGGCUCUGGAUAUGGCGAAGCGCACCACUCACCCUCACUUUGUCAUUGCCACCAGGAGGUCAGAAGAAAUAUUGGGGCCAGAUGGCAACACACCGCAGUUUGAGAACAUUUCCAUUUAUAACUACUUUGUUUGGACACAUUACUACUCAGUCAAAAAGACUUUCCUGGGAGCAGGACAGGAAAGCUUUGGUGAAGUGGAUUUCUCUCAUGAGGGACCAGCAUUUCUCACCUGGCACAGGUACCACCUGCUGCAGCUGGAGAGAGACAUGCAGGAAAUGUUGCAGGAUCCUUCUUUCUCCCUCCCUUACUGGAAUUUUGCCACUGGGAAGAACACCUGCGACAUUUGCACCGAUGACUUGAUGGGAUCAAGAAGCAACUUUGAUUCCACUCUUAUAAGCCCGAACUCUGUCUUUUCUCAAUGGCGAGUAGUCUGCGAAUCCUUGGAAGAUUAUGAUACCCUGGGAACUCUUUGCAACAGCACUGAGGGUGGGCCAAUUAAGAGAAACCCUGCUGGAAAUGUGGCCAGACCAAUGGUGCAACGUCUUCCUGAACCACAGGAUGUCGCUCAGUGCUUGGAAGUUGGUUCAUUUGACACACCUCCUUUUUAUUCUAACUCUACAAACAGCUUCCGAAACACAGUGGAAGGUUACAGUGAUCCCACAGGAAGGUAUGACCCUGCUGUGCGAAGCCUUCACAAUUUGGCUCAUCUAUUCCUGAAUGGAACAGGGGGACAAACUCAUUUAUCUCCCAAUGAUCCUAUUUUUGUCCUCCUACAUACAUUCACUGAUGCAGUAUUUGAUGAAUGGCUGAGGCGAUACAAUGCUGAUAUAUCCACAUUUCCACUGGAAAAUGCCCCUAUUGGACAUAACAGACAAUACAAUAUGGUACCAUUUUGGCCUCCAAUUACCAACAUAGAAAUGUUUGUUACUGCUACAGACAACCUGGGCUAUACUUACGAAGUUCAAUGGCCAAGCAGUGCCCUGCCUGCUGCUGCUGGGACCUCGUUGCUGUCUGUGGAUUCAUUUGCAUUGCCUCCGGAGUGUCUCUGCUCUGUACGGAUCACGCAGAAUGAAGCCCAGGGGCCAGCUAGCUGGCCCAUCUGA